CCAUCUGCUGCGCAAAGUCUACCCAAUCUAAUCAAGGAAUCCUUUCGAUCAUACGAUCGCGCCAUUCUACCGCUAGCGUACGUCAACUGUAAGAUUCGACAACGAGGACAGAUAUAUAUCAUCCUUUUCAUCAACAUCAACAUCAAUCCGUUAGAUCGGAUAUGCUGGAAAAUAUGGAUUGGACGUCAACAAACCCGACGUCGUUUCGGGCUAAUAACCCUGGCAUGGAAUGGGCACCUGAACCGACAACGUUCACCAUACUUAAAAAGCCUCACGAUUCCCACCCUUCCAUCGACCACUUGGUAUUAUUGGUCUUCGAAGCUGUACUGGAAGUCGUCUGUGUUAGCUUACCCGGAUAUAUUAUCGCAAGGUUAGGACAUUUCGAUGCCGACAAGCAGAAGUUCUUGGCGAAUCUGAAUGUUAUGCUUUUUACGCCAUGCCUGAUCUUCACGAAAUUGGCAUCGCAACUCAAUGCCGACAAGUUAAUCGAUCUCGCAGUGAUACCCUUUAUCUUUAUCAUACAGACAGCCGUCUCAUAUAUGGUAUCGAUACUUGUAUCCAAGGCAUUCCGGUUUAAGAAACGUCCGGCCAACUUCGUAACGGCGAUGGGUGUGUUUGGAAACUCCAACUCGUUACCUAUUUCACUAGUUAUCUCGCUUUCGCAAACAUUGAAGGGACUUCAUUGGGAUAGGAUACCUGGCGAUAACGAUGACGAAGUUGGUGCACGUGGUAUCUUGUACCUCCUGAUUUUCCAACAGCUUGGCCAAUUGGUUAGAUGGAGCUGGGGAUAUCAUGUCUUGUUGGCACCUAAGAGUCGAUACGAGGAGUACCAGAACGAAACGGUCGAAGAAGGAAGAUAUCGGGAUCGUGUGUCCCAGGAUGCCUUGAUACCGGGUUUGGAUGGAAAUGUUACGACAGAAAACGACUCAAGCAGCUCGGACGGAUCGGAUGUAUACGAACCGGCCGGUCGAACUCCAGUUGCUGGAACAUCGGUGGCAUCGCCUGACGACUCUGAUGAGGAGCCUAGCACGCCGAAACGUCUGGCAAACAAGCAACGCAAGGAUGCCAACAGCGUUAACGGACAGUAUGUGACGGCCGGGCCUGGUGAUAUUAUGACAUUCCCUCGCAUGCAUGAACUGAACGAUCCGGAGAUCCCGAGCGGAAUCCAAGGCUAUUAUGUUCGCGCGAGGCUCGGUAUUAAGAGGGCCGCUGCAUCUACUGAACAGCAUGUUAUCGAUCUCUCUAAGCGUACAUACCAACGCCUACCACGCCCGGUCCAGACUGUCUUGGCUAGAAUGUGGAGAGGAUGGUUACGAACGUAUAACUUCUUAUGGGAGUUCAUGAACCCGCCGCUAUGGGCCAUGCUUUGCGCUAUCGUUGUAGCCUCGGUACCUGAUCUGCAACGACUUUUCUUCAAGGAGGGAACGUUUGUCAACAACAGUGUGACGAGGGCCGUAUCACAAAGCGGUGGUGUCGCGGUGCCUCUUAUCCUUGUGGUACUAGGUGCCAACCUAGCUCGGAACACGCAAAACCAAACGACUAGGGAUCCAGAGGAAGAAGAAAUCGGAAAGAAGUUGCUCGUGGCCUCCCUCAUCAGCCGUAUGCUGCUCCCUACCCUUAUCAUGGCCCCCAUUCUAGCAAUCUUCGCCAAAUAUGUCCCGGUCAGCAUCCUCGACGAUCCGAUAUUUGUUAUCGUCUGCUUCCUUCUCACGGGUGCACCAAGCGCUUUACAAUUGGCACAAAUCUGUCAAAUUAAUGAAGUGUACGAAGGAGUCAUGUCCAAGAUCUUGUUCCAGAGCUAUGUUAUCUGGAUUCUUCCUUCGACACUGGUGCUUGUCAUGAUGGCACUCGAGACGGUUGAGUGGGCUAAAUAAUGGGUAGGGUGAUCGAUGCUCGACUCACACUUGUAUUUGUACGAAAUUAUGUGCGAAGUGCGAACAAAAAGAGAAACGAAACAUAAAACAUAAAUAU